UUUUAAGGUCAGCAACCACCCACAAUGGCCGGCACAACAAGGGCGCUGAGUCGGGCAGCUCUCGCACUCUCCCGACGACCAGCCGCCAGCCGAUCACAACUCGUCAAAACCCAACCCUCACCAAUUGCGCUCCAGCAAACCCGCUUCUUCUCUCCAUCCCCAUUCAGUCACCUCCCCAAAGACCGCAAACCCACCGCCGACAAUGCAACCAAGGACCUCCCCCCAGAAGACAUCGGGGAACUCCCGUCCUACUCCGUCGACAACUUCACCAAGGCGGAAAAAACCAUGUACGAGCUAAUGUCUCCCGAAGAACGCGCGCUCUUUGACGCCGAAAACAAACGGUUUGUGGAAAUGUGGAACGAUCCUGAGCAGCGAAAGGAAGAUUUGAAAAUGGUCGACGAGGGCGUUAGAGCUGUCGAAAAAGAUCCCCUUCGGUUCGAGGAACAGAAGACUCAGCGUGGGUUCUGGGCAAAUGAGGAAGAUGAUGAGUUUUCGCUUGUGGAAGACGGGGAUGAUGUUUUCCAUGACGAUGAGAUUACUUCCAUGGCCCAUGCGGAGUUGGAGUUGCAUCGGGAGGUUAGAGAGUAUGCGCGAAUUGCGGCGUGGGAUAUGCCAUUGUUAAGCAAGCUUGCAAAACCCUUUGAGCUGCCCAAGGAGAAUCAGAUUCUGCGUUUCCGCUACACAACGUAUCUAGGUGAACAGCAUCCGGCCGAGCACAAGGUGGUAGUGGAGCUUAGCUCCAAGGAUUUGGUUCCCAAGCACCUGAGCGAGGCGCAGCGGCAGACGUUUCUCAAGCUCGUCGGGACGCGGUACAACCCGGACACGGAUAUCGUGCACAUGUCGUGCGAGAAGUUCUCAGCUCGUGCACAAAACAAACGCUAUCUCGGCGAUACUAUCAAGAGCCUGAUCAAAGAGGCCAAGGAGGGCGACUCGUUCGCAGACGUGCCACUGGACCUGCGACACCACAAACCAAAGACCAGAAUCACGUUUCCGGAGUCAUGGAAAAUGACCGAGGCGCGUCAGCAGCAGUUGGCUGCGGACCGGCAGAGCCGAUUAGGUGCGGAGAGAGAACGGAAUAAUAUUAUUGAUGGUAAGGAAGCAGUGCUAUAUGCCAUCCGUACGUUGCCAUCUUUGAGCCAGAUUCCGCAUCUCAAAGGUACAGAUGAUAAAGCUACGCUGAAGGAGACUGUUUCGCGAGGGAAGGGGGUGCCGAGAAACAGACGUGUGGUUUAGAUUCGUGUAUCAUUCUUGUACAAUACCAGUCCUUUUCACAGCAAAUCAUUUCAUAGCCAUAAAUGUCUACAUAUUUACUGACAGUCUCCUCUUAGAAAGAUUUAAAC